UCUUCGCAAUUAGUUUCGGAUUAAUUUAUUCCCUUUCUAUCCAUCUUAAUGUACCAUCGCUUCCAUCCUCAACGAAAUCAAAAUUCUCCUCUUUAUCUUUUCCAAGGAGCUCUGAGCUCGAUCUGCGCGUUUACAAGAAACACACUCGGCACGUUCGUCCAAACAUCCCGCAGUUGCCGCGCCACGUCUCCUAAUCGUAUAAACACACCGGGACGCGUUAUCGGGUCCCCUGGUAAUUAAUUGCAACUCGAUUUACGAUUGGAGAUCGAACGUUGAGUUUGCCGCGCGGCGCGUUGAAGCGGUUAAGCGCGAACACGAUCGGCGGUGAUUUCGGGGCUUGCGCGCCGCGCGACGCUGUAAGCCGCGUCUUAGGGGGUUCGUGGCAGGAAGAUCCACGCGGCCGCCGCAAUGGGCCGUCGCGCCUCGUGUCAAACUCAACUCGGCGCCAACACACGACGACGAGUCACUACGUGGGUGCUGUUGAAAUCUCGCCGGAGCGGAGCCGCGAGUCAACCGGACGCCGGGAACAUGAUGACGCCGAGAGAACUGUCGCUUUUCGUCAUCCUCGUGCCGCUCACCAUGUGCAAGUAUCGUUUCCACGCGCUCGAAAUUAGAGCGGCGACGGGCUUCGCGCCGUCCGAGACGUCGCUGGGCCCCACGUUGGCGAUCGGCAGAGUGCCCAGGGCCACCGUCAACGACAUCGUCUCGAGGAAUAUCACGAUGGUCUUGGAGAAUCUGCUGAUGAAUUACGAAAACAGUCAGCUGCCCACGCACGGUAAAGGCGUUCCCACGGUGGUGAAAACCAAUAUUUUAAUUAGAAGUAUGGGCCCGGUGUCCGAGCUCGAUAUGGACUACUCGAUGGACUGUUACUUCCGGCAAUCGUGGCGUGACUCGCGCUUAAGCUUCCUGGGUCCGAUCAAGUCGCUCAGUCUCAGCAUCAAAAUGCUCGAGAGGAUCUGGCGUCCCGACACUUACUUCUACAACGGCAAGCACAGUUACGUGCACACCAUCACUGUGCCGAACAAAUUGCUGAGGAUCUCUCAGGACGGCGAUAUAUUGUACUCCAUGAGGCUCACCAUUAAGGCCAAGUGCCCCAUGGAGCUGAGGAAUUUCCCCAUGGACCGACAAUCUUGCCCGUUGAUAAUGGGAAGCUACGCGUACACAUCUGGGCAGUUGGUUUACGAGUGGCAGGAAGGCUCAUCGGUGAACUUCGUGCCCGGAAUGGCGCUGUCGCAGUUCGACCUGAUGGGCUCGCCGUACAGGAACCUCACCUUCGUGCGCCGCGAGGGCGAGUUCUCGGUGCUGCAGGUGUCCUUCAAUCUGCAACGACAUACAGGCUACUUCCUCAUACAGGUUUACGUGCCGUGCGUGCUGAUAGUCGUGCUGAGCUGGGUGUCUUUUUGGAUCCAUCGCGAGGCGACGAGCGACCGUGUGGGUCUGGGUAUCACCACCGUCUUGACACUCUCGACGAUAAGCCUCGAUUCCCGGACGGAUUUGCCGAAGGUCAGAUACGCCACCGCGCUGGAUUGGUUCCUCCUCAUGAGCUUCGGCUACUGUAUCGCCACCCUGCUGGAGUUCGCCGGUGUUCACUACUUCACGAAGGUUGGCAGCGGCGAGAUCCCGUUGGACGACGAGGAGUGGGAGGAAUGGGAGGGCAUCGGCAACGAAGAAUUCGAGGACACGUUCCGCACGAUGAUCUCCUGCAGUCCGCAAGCCGUACACCCGGAGAUCCUGGAGAGCAGCGCCAGAAGACGCGGCUCUCUCAUGUGUGCGCUGUACAGCGAUGGAGUCACAUAUGAACGAGAUUCUUGUCGUUCCAUAACAGUUGCCGUUUCCUCAAAGCCCUCGACGAUGGAACGACAGACACAGACCGAGCUUAUUUUGCCACUGUGGCGACAAUUUCUGUACUGCUUGGCGGGCGACGAUGCGUUCAGACGCCGUCGACAACGCGAAGCAGCCAGUAGUUAUCGAAAAUAUGGCGAUCGACUGUCGAGGCACAUAAACAGCGUGUCUUACAUCGACAGGGUGGCUCGCAUAGUCUUCCCCGCGUCUUUCGGCCUACUCAACGUCUGCUACUGGGUGGUCUACGUUACCUAUCAGGAGGAAUUUAAGUGGCAGGACCCGCCGAUCGGAUCGAUCUCUCAUUAACGAAUUUUCCAUUGUGAUAAUAAAGCGAACGAUACAAUGUGAGCCAAGAAAAAUUAGAAGGCAUAUGUGCAUAUUCGUCCUUUACUUCAGACCGAUUUACGCCAAAUUUUGUUGAGAGUUGUGUUUCUAUCUUAUUGCAAUAGUAUAUUAGAUAGCUCUGUUCUCAAACUCUUCGCUGUUUCGCGAUCGCGUUAGCUGUAU